AUGCGCAAGCCAGCCACCCCUUACAAUUCCACAUUUCCAAUCUACAGUGGUUUCGGUCCAUCGCCUGGACGUCAGCUUCCGGUACCUCAUGCUGGAAACCAUGGCCUGCACCGGGCAUGGUCUCUACAUCUCUGGCAACUUCGAAAUCGAGAUGAAGCUCUCAUAAAGCGCAAUCGGGUGUUGGUCAACCCAUGUGAAAAUGAAGAACUACUCGAACCUUCCGUAGACUGCGUCCGCACCGUUGGUACCUUCUACCUAUCCGGCUACUUCGAGAGCCCUGGCCCGUUCAAUACCGACCAAGCAAUCCAGGCAACUUACCGGAAUUACUACUCAACAAUUACCUGUAUGGGAACUGAUGGUACCCAAUUACUCACAAAUCAAAUCGAGGCUAUUGGGCUCAGUACCCCCGAAUUACAGCUUCUGCCAAGACAUAUCUAUUUCCUACGUGGCGAGUUUUUCCCAACUACCAGAUUGAAUGGUGCCGUAGAUGAGUUCUUUUUUGAAGGUUCUGAUCGUCGUCAAGUUGGGAAUCACACAACUUUCAUGGAGAGCCUGGCCGACGGCGUAGGCUUGACUGGUACUGGGAUAGUCCUCUCAAUUAACUCUGCUGUCAACCAAAACGUGAAUUACAGCGAAUCGUUCCCGGCCAACCCCGACAACAUGACACUUUUUGUCAUUGCCCAACACUGUGAUUACCAUCCUAAGUAUCAUAUCCCGCCAAGUGAGAACUUUGACCCAUAUCGACAAGUUGUCAAGGUUGGAUCGGAAUGCCAAUUCCAUGGCUAUAUCAAGGGCUUUAAUGAGGCAACCCGUCGCUAUAUUGUUGUCGUAAACAAGGUGUCGUCUAUGGUGGCACGCGCGCAAAUCGCCCAAAGUGAAUCAGAACCACACCUUGACAUGUUCCAUCGGCUUGAUCGUGCCAACCAAUCAAGCCAGCCUGCCCCUCAAACACCACGAAGAACACCAAGUUUGGAUUUCGAGCCGACUCCCAGUGUCGCGACCCAAGGUCCAUCAACACCAUCAUCCACCGGGAUCCCGCAUUCCACGAAUUCAACAUCAAGUAGUACCACCUCAAAUAAAAACAAGAAGAGACCCCGGCGUCAAGCUGCCUCUAGAAGUCGAGCAGAUACUUCAUACAAUUCUACUAAAAAACAUUGA